AUGCCAGAAAAUAAAGAAAGAGAAGAAGAAAAACCUGUUGUUGCAAAGACAGCAAUUGAUUUACAACGAUUAAAACUUCAAAAGUUAAUGAAGAAUCCGGAAAAGCCUGUUAUACUACCAGAACGACCAAAAUCAAAAAGUACACCUACAGUACCAGAAUUUGUUCGCAAUGUAAUGGGUAGUAGUGCAGGUGCAGGUAGUGGAGAAUUUCAUGUAUACAGACAUUUGAGGCGUAAAGAAUAUGCAAGGCAAAAAUUCAUUCAAGAAAAAGGGCAUAAGGAACUUCUAGAUUCAGAGUACCACCAAAAAAUAGAAGAAAAUAAAAGGAUAGCUGAGGAAGUAACAGCAAAAAAAAGGGCAAAGAGGUUAAAAAAGAAACAGAAAUGGAAACAGCGCAAACAGAUGAAAACAACAAAUUUAGAACAGCAUAACAAAAGCAAAAACAGUAGUUCUGAUGAUGAAAGUUCAGGUGAACAAGAAGUAAAUGACAAACAUGAUAACAAAUUUGAGGAUAUGUCUAAUAAUGAAAUUAAAGAUAAUACAGUAGAACAUAAUCAAAUUGUAAAAUAUAAAUCAAGUUUCAGAAAAGAUUUAGGUCAGAAUUGUAUAAACCAAGAUAAAUUACAUUCAGAAACUAGCUGCAGGAAAGAAAAUGAUAAUUCUGAAAUUGUUUACCAAAGUGAAGCAUUAAAUAAUGAUUUUGAACAAUCAAAUUCUUCUGCAAAUAUAAAUAAGGAUGAUGAUAAUAAUGUAAAAAAAAUAUAUGUAAAUAUGAAAGAUACAGUUUCUUAA